CUCAAAAUAGCUGCUUAUAUAAGAGUGGUGGUGCAUCCCAGCUAUCAAAACGCGGAUGUUUGCUUGCUUAACCAUUUAGAUAAGUGCAGAACAGGAUAAAGUAAAUGCGUAGUAAUCAAUUCCAUUGGAUAAGAAUGGUUUGGUUACAUCUAUUUGUUGUCGUGGUGAUGUUGACGAUACCAACCUGUGUGGGCGACAGGCUGGCCAGAAUGGAGCGGCAAAUUCAACUAGUGAAAGGCUUCCAGUCCUACGUUCAGUUGAGAUUGGACACAAUUGAAGGAGAUUUUGGUACAUUAUCUGAAAGAGUAUCAAAUCUUGAAUCACUAGUGAAAUCCUCGGAUAACAACACUGGAGAGACUAACAAUCCAACGAAUGUGCCUACUAAAGGGACAAUAAAUACACAAUCUGCUUUUAACGAUAUCAAAACUACUCUCCAAAUGUAUAGAUAUUCCUUUCAAAAACAAAAAAAAGAACUCGUCAAUGUCAAUCAUGAUGUCAAAGACACCUUGUCGGCAUUUCUGUCAAACGCUUCCAAAACUGUUGACACAUUAGUCAACAGCGUAAGUGACCAUGUCAGAAACAGCGCAAAAAAUGUAUCAGCUUCUUUGGAAAAGAACGUCUAUGCAACACGGGCACAUGUCCAAAACGAAACGAUUCAGCUAGAAAAGAAGGUUGAAGAGCUAAUAGGCAGAGCAAAUAAAGUUGUUGGCAUCAUUGAUGAUCAGAGAUCUACAAUAGAAGGCGGCAUUAUGGUCACUAUCAAGGCGCUUCACAUUUCCUGGAGUGACUGGUCUGCAUGGUCCGACUGUUCUCAGUCAUGUGACAAGGGAAGAAGAAGUAGACAGAGGUCAUGUUAUGUACCUUCCCCUUUUACUGAUGGCAUUUGUAUUGGUGAUGAUACAGAAACAGAGGAAUGCGUUAUUCGCAAGUUUUGUCCAUCGAAUGGUCAAUGGGCUUUGUGGUCGACAUGGAGCACAUGUUCUGUGUCCUGUGGUGACGGCGUUGAGACCAGAAACCGAUCCUGCUCCAAUCCAACUCCUGCUAAUGGUGGAAAGGUGUGCCCGGGACCUGACAUUGAAACAAACCGAUGUAACUUGAAACACUGUAUGGGAUAUGACUGCAGGGAUGUGUUAAAACGGGGCUUGUCACAUGGUUCUGGUGUAUACAAGAUCUCGCCCUGGAACACGGACAAAGAAGUUGACGUUUACUGCGAUAUGGAUACAGAUGGUGGUGGGUGGACGGUGUUUCAAAGACGAUUUGAUAGGUCUGUUGACUUCAACAGGAGUUUUGUAGAGUACGAACAGGGUUUUGGCUCAUUGGAUGGUGAAUUUUGGAUGGGUCUGGGUCUUCUUCACUCCAUUACAAGCCGGGCUAACAUGACCUUACGUAUUGACUUGAGUUUACCAGACGGAACUACUGGAUUCGACGAGUACUCGGGAUUUUAUAUUUCUCCACCAGACCAAUACAACUUCAACGUUGAUAGAAGGAUCAAAUCAGCAGGAAUGUCCGAUUCCUAUCUUCUCUCCGACAUCGGUAGUAAUGGGGAUAUCAACCACCAGCCGUUUUCAACAUAUGAUAGAGACGUGGACAAGUGGUUGUAUGAUAACUGUGCCCGAUACCUGGGAGGAGGCUGGUGGUACAAUUACUGCACGUACAGUGACCUGAAUGUACAGUACAAUAUUGGCAGCUAUAGCAGCUUUUAUUACUAUUCCUUCUCACGGAACACAAGGUUGAAGACGUCGACUAUGAUGCUACGAUUGAGUAAUUAAGAUUUAACCGCAGCAUUUAAUGCAUUUAAUUAUGGUUAGUUCAUUUAAACAGUGUUGUGGAAUUAUGAACUUGAUGCUAUGUUUUAAACACAAUCAACUAGUUUAAUCAUUUAAGGUAAACAUGCCCGCCUUUUCCUAAAGCUAUGGAAUGUGCAAUUUGAUUUUUAACUCAAACAUGUUCGUGUUUUGUGAAGUUAGUGAUUAGUUCAACCCAUUUUUUAUUAUUUUGACAGACUUGUUUAAGUAAUCAUUUCUCACAAUUCGGCAAAAUUCUUUUUAUUAGUUUAAAAUCAUAUUGUCUAGGAUAUAGACGGUCUCGCUUUAGUAGUCAUUCAAUACGAACUAGUAAAGAAAUUUUAUAAUUAUAGUAUUGUAUGACCAGGAAGUGAGAUUCUAGUUACAACAUUAAUACUUAUUUGCCAAUUAAAGCGCUAAAACACAGCCAUUUUUAACGGUAUCAAUUUAUAACGUUACGUCACUCGCUUUGGAUAUUUAUUACACUAUUAUGUAUCAAAAGUAUAAUAUGAGUCUGUUCAAGGAAAGAAUUGCGGGAUUGAUGUCAUUUUCGGGGUAUAUACGCAGCUGGGCUGAUUAAAGUAUGUGGAGUCCGAUGACAUCUUUCACGCAAAAUUCAUUACUUAUAUUAACAACAAAUAUUUAUUAUUUCUUUCAUGAACUGUUAAUGCUUGUUUUAAAAAACCUUACAGUAAUUAUUUCUGACCUAUUCUGUAAAUAGACCGACUCAACAGUUUAUCAUAUUACGUCACAAAAACGCGGGAAAAAAUCGAUCACUUCCAAAAUUCUUUAAAAACGUCAAAAUUUAAACGUUAAUGACAACAUUAAUCGCAUUUUUCUUGCGUUAAUGCUGUACGAACACAUUACGGUACUCGAGCAAAUUCAUUGAAGCGUUCUUGCGUUUCUUGGUCAUUUGCUCGCGCGCAUUACAGAUUAAAGGCAAGAAAAAAUUGCAAUCAACAGUAAUAUUUACGUUUUAAAAGAAAUAUUCAUUGUACUUAAUCAUUAGCAGUAUCUUCUGUAACUGAGUAUUUUUUUGAAAGAAGCUUCACAUGUAUACAAGAUACGUUUGGAUAAAAACUAAUAAUAGCUGAUUUUGUUACGUCAUAUAUCAUUGGUUUAAUGACGUCACGCUUUUCCUGAACUAAACAAUGACGUCAUAUUACCUUGCGUGUUAUACAAUAUAAACGUCAAUAUUUAUGCGAAAAGCUAAUGUUUUAUCUGGCACGGUACAAACAAUAACAAAGUAAACACGUUUUUAAUAUACAUGUAUAUAUUGAUAUUCUUUCACAAUCCGAACAUAUCCGAAGAUGUUCCGUACAUCUAAAAGUAUUCGCAAUUGCCGAAAGGCAGUUCAUUUAGGGAAUGGAAGUUGAGGUGUAAAUAUUUCAUUAUUGUGACGUCAUUUAUGAUAUAUAUAAAUAUAUUUACUGGAUACAAUUUAUAAGAGAGUCCAUUCAACUAGCGUGAAUUGUACAAAUUAUUAUUAUCAUAGUGAAAUUUUAUUGACAAUGUCCCUUUAACUCUCAUGAAGUGUACAUAUCAUUAUUUAUAGCAGCCGAAACAUUUCGACCUUCAAAUUUAAUUCUUAGUUUUCAUGUUUUCUGUAAAAUUGACGAAAACACAUCCAUUCUGGCACCGAGAACCUUUUUGCACUAAAAACUGUGCAUAAAGAUAAAAUAGAUAGAAAUAAAAGUAUCUCUGCAUUUAACGUCACUUUGAAUGUUUUAAAGGUGACUCAUAAGUUAAUGUCACUUUGGUUGUUUGACAGUUACAAAUGCCUCAUUAUAUAAUGUCAAUUUCGCUGUUUUAAAGUUAUAAGUGCAUUAUUACUAAAUGCCAUUUUAAUUAUGUUAAGGUUGUUUAAUGUUACUUAAUGUUGUAAUGUUCAGAAUGCCUCAUUAUGUAAUGCCACAUUGAAUGUUUGAAGGUUCUAAACGCCGUAUUGCUUAAUGUCAAUUUGAUUUUUACGGUUAAAAAGCCAUUCGUGAAAUAACACUCAAAAUGAUUUUAAGGUUUAAAUGCCUCUUUGUCACUUAAAUACAUAUUUUGAGGUUCUAAGUGAUUCUUUGUUUAAUGUUAUGUUGAAUGUUUUAAGGUUCUUAGUGUCUCAUUGUGUUUUUUUUAUGUUUUUAAGGUUCUAAAUGCCACUUUAUUUUAAGUCACUUUAAAACUUUCGCUUUUACUAUUCAUGCUUUGCUUUUGAUAUUAAAUAAAUGUUCAAAAAAUA